CUCUCUUCUAUCCGCAGCUGCGGCUUUGCAUCCCCACCUCUCGUGCUCCUCCCCGGCCUCACCACCUCAACAAACAUGGAGGCCUUCCUCGCCAGCUUCUUCAGGGCGCCUCCCCGCUGCGGCCCCGCCGCUCGGGCUGCUCCGGCUGUCCCCGGCCUCCCUCUCUUUCACGGAAGGCGGCGCAGGCGGCCGUCCUCCUCCGUGGUCUGCAUGGCGGAGCCUUAUCUCAUAGCGAAGCUGGAUUCCGCGGAGAAGGCCUGGAAAGAAAUGUCGGUUAGGUUAGCAGAUCCUGACAUUGUCUCAGAUCCUAGUGAGUACCAAAAACUUGCGCAGUCUGUUGCUGAAUUGGAUCAGGUUGUGACUACAUACAGGCAGUUUAAGGAUUGUGAGAAGCAACUUGAAGAGACAAAAGCUUUGGAAAAAGAGAACAAAGAUGAUCCUGAUAUGGGUGAGAUGAUAGCUUCAGAGUUGGAGGCUUUAUCUAACCAGCUUGCAGAGCUUGAGGAAAAAUUGAAGUUACUACUGCUUCCCAGUGAUCCUCUAGAUUCACGCAACAUCUUACUUGAAGUAAGAGCAGGUGCUGGCGGUGAUGAAGCUGGAAUUUGGGCUGGUGACCUUGUACGCAUGUAUCAGAAAUACUGUGAGCGCAACAAUUGGAAGUUUAAGCCGGUUUCUUGCUCGGAAGCAGAAAUGGGUGGAUACAAGACAUAUGUGAUGGAGGUUAAGGGCAAACAAGUCUAUAGUAAAUUGAAGUUUGAGUCAGGUGUGCACCGUGUUCAACGUGUUCCCCAGACAGAGACUAUGGGACGUGUUCAUACAUCAACAGCGACUGUAGCUAUUAUGCCAGAGGCUGAUGAAGUCGAUGUGAUUAUUGAUCCAAAAGAUAUUGAGCUUAAAACGGCAAGAUCUGGUGGAGCUGGAGGGCAGAAUGUUAACAAAGUGGAGACGGCUGUUGAUCUUAUUCACAAACCUACGGGAAUACGGAUAUUCUGUACAGAAGAGAGAUCACAGCUUCAAAAUAGAGAGCGGGCAUUUCAAUUGUUGAGAGCAAAACUUUACGAGAUAAAAUUAAGGGAGCAACAAGAGUCAAUAAGAAACCAGAGGAAAUUGCAGGUUGGUACUGGUGCUAGAUCUGAGAAGAUAAGGACAUACAAUUACAAGGAUAACAGAGUGACAGACCAUCGGCUGAAGAUGAAUUUUGAACUGACUAGCUUCCUUUUAGGAGACAUCGAAUCGGCUAUUCAGUCCUGUGCUACAAUGGAGCAGCAGGAGCUCUUGGAGGAAAUGGCCACUUCUGUGGGCGUGGCGAAGGUAUGAUAUGCAGAAUUGGCCCCUCAGAAACAGGCCAUCAAACUGACGAUGUGUUCAAAUGGAUGAAGAUUAAGCUGUACAUGAAGAAAUCGGACAAAACUCCACAUAGGCACAUUUGUCUGUAGUUCAUGGUCAUGGUUAAUGACCAAUGUCACAGAACAUAGCAAUGCACCAUAGCUUCCCAGCUGGUGGCAGAUUUUUGAGUAGUAGAAAAUAGACAUGCUAUACAAUAAUACAACUGCUCCAUUUUUCCUAAUUCGAUAUGCUUCAAAUAUGUUGUUUCUGUGAAAUUCUUGUGUGGUUUCUAGAUCA